AGCUUCAAAGAGGCUGAUGGUGUAGCAAAGUGACACUGAGCAUCCCCUGGGGUCAGUGUGGUCCAAGCUGUCAGAUGAGAUUGGGGAACAUCCAAAUCUGCAAAGUGCUUUUUAAUCAGCCACGUCUGUGGGGUUUUGAACUUGGGGUUGCCAUGGCAGCUCCAUCUCUGGAGCAGCAGUGUGAGAUGGGGAAUUCAGAGCUGUGGGGCAUCGCAGUUUUAGAGCAGGGACCACACAGAUUGUGACCUCCUUUCCCCUGGCCGUGGCACCCCUGCAGGAAAAUGCAAGUUGCCCUGCAACAACUUAAUUAAGCCUUGUAUAUGAACAUGUAAACCAGAUUUUGUGCAAGAAAGAACCCUGCAAGGGCUCCCCAUGAAUGGGGUUUAAGUGCUGCAAAUGAACAAGUGCUGACCACAAGCAGAGUUGUUGGGAGCGCAAGGGGGAAAAUAGACCCUGGGGUGUCUACAGAAGGCGUAAAGCGGUGGCAGCACAGUCUGCGGGUGGGCAGCGCGAUUUCCACCGGCAAACUGGGCAAUCGCAGCCGCAGCGCUUUAAAACUUGUCUACUUGAGUAUGGAGACAACUCUGACAUCUCUGAGCAAAUUCUGAUGUCUCUGCCAGGAGCUCUUCAACUCGGGGCAAAAGUACCGUCCCUGGUGCGUGGGUCCGUUGGUUUUCAGCUGUGGCCAGAGCUGACCCCGCGGGCAGGUGUUUGGCCUGUGGGUUAGACUGGUUAAUAUAAAGGAGCUGAACUCCUUGUGCUGCUGGUGGCUUCCCUUUGUGAGCGAUCGCUUCUCUUGAUAAAUAAAUAACUUCACUACUAGCAAAUGUUAUGUUCUUCUAAAUACCGGUGUCAUUUUGAAAUUGCUAUUCCGAUGGGUUUGGCUAACCGUGGGAUUUACCAGCUCUCGGCUCUCCUGUUUGUGUUUCCCAUAAAUACUUUUUUUUUUACGAAGAGCUUCUUAUACCCUUUGAAGCAGCCUUUUAAAAGAUGCUGCAGCAUGACAUCUGGAGAAGCAGAAUGAGUUACUGUGCAGUCCAGCGAGCCCUGAAGUCCUGCCCGUGCUUAGCAAAGCCAAACCAUUCCUGAAAUGAUGAGAGCUGCAGUGUCUGGACAUGGUUAGUUUAGUUAUUAAGGUUUUUUAAAUCUGGAUACUCGAUACUGGAGCUCGUUUGGAAUUGCUCUUGUAAAUAACGAACAGCUAUCAGCGGGAUCCUAAGGAAGAGGAAAGCAAAGAUUGCUUUGUAUAGUUUUAACACCAUAUUUACGCUCUGAGAAAACCAGUGGUAGUUUUUUUGUGGUCAUUGAUGUGGUGGUAGAUUAAGCAGUUGUGCAAAUAGCCAUGUAACCCAUGCCUUCUCUCCUCGGCACUAACUCUACAAACUCUGUUUUCCAAGUUAUUAUGGGUCUUGAAAGAAAAUUUUCACUGAGGGCACUUGUUGGCAUCUGCUUAGCUCUUCCCGGGGUCUCCCUGCACUGGGGACGGUGGGGAAAUCACUGCCAAAGGGUGGAAAAGCAGAGCACGAUUAUUCCCCAGCAGAAGAAGAAGGGGUGUGAGAGCAGAGACGCCUCUCCAUGGGCUUGUCACUGGUUAGGCAUCCUCAUCACACCAGGUAAACACUAACUCAGGUCUUCAGAAGGUCAACAAGCUGUGAUAAAGAAGUUCCUUUCAAGGAGCAUCUCAUACCAUAGGGAGGGGUGAGUUAAGCUCUUCAUGGAUUGUUUGAACAUACCUGGGGUCCUGAGGAGGCAGUGAUGGCCAGGAGGCAUCUACACCCCGAGGUGUGGGUCUGUGGCUGAUGGUGUGGGUUUUUUUCCCUUCUUUGUCCUCAUCUUUCUUCUUUUUUUCCCCAGAUUUAAUCUGGCUGUGAAAUCUGGAGUUCCUGCUCUGUGCUUUAUGACGAGGACAGAUUGGGAUCAACAAAGGAUUAGUGCUUCAUUACAGGGUGGGAUGGGAUUGAGCAGCUCUUGAGUGGAAAAGCUUGUUAGAAAGAGGAAAUCAGAUGGGUGAGGAGGAUGCUCUUUGUUUUGCAGGAAUUUCGUCAAUGUCAUUUUAAGCCCUGUUGGGUCUGUGGUGGUUUGACAUCGCCCCUCCUUGCUUGUUUGCAGGAUGCCUGUUGACUGCCUAGAAAAAGGAAACGCAUAAAGUUUACAGGCAGAAACUGGAGGAAGUCACCAGCUUGCAGACAGCCUGCAGCACCUCCAUACAUCGCCAGAAGAAGAUGCUAAGGGAUCUGAAGCACAGCCUGCAACGGUGCAAGCCCAGAGCGAGUCCUGAAGAGUUUGCUCUCAUUCAGGAGAUCAGCACCCAAAUCAAGGAGAGGCAAAAUGCCUUCUUCGACAUGGAAGCCUAUUUGCCAAAGAAGAACGGCCUAUACUUGAACCUGGUGCUGGGAAACGUGAAUGUAACUCUCUUGAGUAACCAAGCAAAGUUUGCCUACAAGGAUGAGUAUGAGAAAUUCAAACUUUAUCUGACAAUAAUCUUGUUACUUGGGGCGGUCACGUGCAGGUUUAUUCUCCACUACAGGGUGACAGAUGAAGUGUUUAACUUUCUGUUAGUGUGGUAUUACUGCACACUGACGAUACGGGAAAGCAUUCUCAUUAGCAAUGGAUCAAGGAUCAAAGGCUGGUGGGUGUCUCAUCACUACGUCUCCACAUUCCUGUCUGGAGUAAUGUUAACGUGGCCAGAUGGACUCAUGUAUCAAAUGUUUCGCAGUCAAUUUUUAGCCUUUUCAAUAUUUCAGAGUUGCGUUCAGUUCCUACAAUAUUAUUACCAAAGGGGCUGCCUUUACAGACUCCGUGCUUUGGGGGAGAGAAAUCACUUGGACCUUACAGUAGAAGGAUUUCAGUCCUGGAUGUGGCGGGGGCUGACGUUUCUCCUUCCCUUCUUGUUCUUUGGGCAUUUCUGGCAGCUGUAUAAUGCAAUCACACUUUUCGGAUUGUCGAGGCAUAAGGAGUGCAAAGAAUGGCAGGUUUUUGUGUUGGCGUUUACAUUUCUGCUGCUCUUCCUUGGAAACUUCCUCACUACUCUCAAAGUGGUGCACACUAAACUCCAGAAGAACAAAGACAAAAUGAAGAAGCUGUGAACCCCCUUCCCUGGCAUGCUGGC